AUGCGCGCCAUGAAAUUCAAGCCUGGCAGCUCAUCGCCGAAGCCCAGCGCAUACAAGCAGAAGCAGCGAGCGUGGACAAUGGCCGGGCUGCGCUCCUUAAAAGCGCCAAUGGUCAUUCUGUAUUUGGCCUCUUUGAUGUUUGGCAUCCAAUCGCUCAGCUUUGAACCGCUUCAACACUUGGAGACCUUCAGCGGGUGCAUGUCAAUCACACGUGCCGAGUGGGAGGCAAAACGAGCAGCAGUACCCAUGGAUGUGGUGCUGUCUGAAGACCAUGACAUCCUUUCGGAUGUGGGCUACGCCAACAUGUUGCACCAAGUGCUCCGGUUGCGGCCUGGGAGUGGCAAAUUCACUGCUCCUGUUUGUUCAUCUUGGGUGUUCCUGUCGAGAGGCAGUACGGGUCGCACUUCCGAGAGACCGUUGGGAAGGCGAGAACUUAAGUCCGUGGAGGACGCCAACAUCAUGGUGGCCCGUAUCAUCAUUCUCCUACUGCUCUGCGAAUCUCGCAAAGUUUGGUGGACGCUGGAGCAACCGGUGAAUUCAUUGCUGGAGAGACAUCCACUGUUUCAGGCGUUCCUCCGCUUUCCAUCUAUCCACGUGCGCAGGCUCACCACAUCCAUGGGUUGGUUCGGCGGCAAAACGAGGAAGCCUACAUGGGUGUACAGCAGUGCCAGGGUUGCAGCAAUGUCCAACAAAGGUCAAAAGGCCUUGCGUAUCCCCUACGCAAACCUUUUGACAUUUCUUGGGCGCCCUUUCUUAUUUGUGUCCAAAGGGUUUGAUUGA